AGCGCGGUUUGGCUCCAGUUUUUUGGGAAAAGCGAUGGGCGCCCGUCCUUCCCGCAGCUGGCGAAGUCGCUGAGUGGUGCGAAGUCGCGUGUGUGAUGGGCUGUGGCGCCAAUGUCUCCAAGAAGGGGCUCCGAGAAGAAUUGGAGGCUCAUGAGAAGGAGUUGGAGACGGAAAAGCAAAGGUUGCAAGAAAAGGCCGUGCAGCACGCCAGUGUGCAAGAAUGCUUGCAGCGGCAAAUGCUGGGAUCCUCGACGAGCACCGCCGCGGAUCUGGCGGCAGAACUGGAGCUCCGGCGGCAGCAGCAGGCGGAAGCGCUGGAGAAACAGAAGGAGCGCUUGGUCAGAGAACAUCAAGACGAAGUCGCCGCCCAGCUGAAGGCGCGCGAGGCCGAGCUCUCGCGGCAACUGGCGCUACGCUCGGAGCAGGCGGAGCGCGAGGCCUCGCAGCGCCGGGAGCUGGAGGAGGCAGCCAAGGCUCAAGUGGCUCAGCAGCUGGCGGAGGCCCAAGCGAAGGCGGAUGCCGAAGUCUUGCGCCACCGCGCUGAGGUGGAGGCAGCCCGCCAAGAGCUGCAGGCCCUUCACGGCCAGGUGGAUCCCAUGCGCGCGGAGCACCGCCAGGCGGUGGAUCUGCUGCGCGAGGCGCGGCGGGCGCUGCAGGCGGAGCAGGAGGAGCGGAUGUCCGGACGCGAGGUGGCGGCGCUGGAGCAGCGCCUCGCCGAGGCGCACAGCGAGCACGAGCGCGCGCAGCAGCGGCACGGCGACGUGGCCACGCACCUCAAGGCUCAGGUCAGGGACUUGCAGGAGGAGCUCCAAGCGCAGCAGAAGGAGCUGCACCAGCGCGAGCAGAUGGUGGCGCACCGCGACCAAGAGCUCGCUGAGGUGAACGGACAGCUGGUGGAUUUGCAAGGCCUCUUCGACGAGGUCAACGGCCAACUGCUGCGGGAGUCCGGGCGCAUCGAGGGGCUUCAGGGUGCCGUGGCGCAGUGCGCGAAGCAAACCAAAGAGCUCGAGUCCUUGCAGAAGAUGCUGGAAGAGUCGCAUCAAAUGCUGGCGCAGCUCAAGGACACUCUGGACAAGGAAAGGGCCGAGCGGAUCAAGGUCGCUGGCCUCUUGGAAAACGAGCAGCAGAGGACGCAACUCUUGCUGGAUGUACUGAAGCACUUCAAGGAGAAGUUGCAGGGCUUGACGCCGGAAACCCUGCUGAGCCGCUUGGAGCGCGACCCCAGCGACCUGCGCGCCUCAUCGCGCGGGCGGUUCUCCCCGGCGACGCCCAUGGCGCCGGUGGUGCCCGGCACGGCGACGGGCAUGGCGACGACUGGACGCUUGGAGUGA